UUUUCGUCUAAAAAUAACCCGAGAAAUCCCAAACAAGGAACUCCGAUUUGCACACGUCCACGUUCAACACAUGUAAAACUGGAAUAGAAAGGAAUUGAUAAUUUUCUCUUGUUGCUCUAAAUUUUAAUUGUGAUCGAAUAAAAAAAAGUUGCACACCUUGAAAAAGUAGAACAAUGGUGUUAUCGUGUAGGUUUUACUCUAAUCGUUUUCCGGAGGUGGAAGACGUGGUGAUGGUAAAUGUACGAUCAAUUGCUGAAAUGGGUGCAUAUGUUCACCUGCUGGAGUACAAUAACAUCGAGGGCAUGAUACUGCUAAGUGAACUCUCAAGGAGACGUAUCAGAUCUAUCAACAAACUUAUUCGAGUUGGAAGAAACGAAUGUGUGGUUGUCAUCAGAGUGGACAAAGACAAAGGUUACAUAGAUUUGUCAAAACGCAGAGUUUCACCAGAGGAAGUUGUAAAGUGUGAGGAAAGGUUCGCAAAGGCCAAAGCUGUAAACAGUAUACUACGUCAUGUUGGGGAAUUGUUGGGCUAUAAAAAUGAUUCACAGUUAGAUGAUCUCUACAAGAAAACUGCUUGGCAGUUUGAUGAGAAAUUUAAGAAACCAACUGCCUGCUAUGAGGUCUUCAAACAUGCAGUCACGUAAAAUCCAGAACGUUUAGAUGAAUGUGACAUAGAUGAUAAAAACGAAGGCAAGUUUUGUUAAAAACAUCAAACGAGAUUAACACCUCAGCCUGUAAAAAUUAGGCCAGAUAUAGAAGUAGCAUGUACAAACUAUGAAGGUGUUGAUGCAGUAAAACGAGCACUGAAAAAAGGUCUGGAAUUAUCUACAGAGGCAAUGCCAAUAAAAAUAAACCUCAUAGCACCUCCACAAUAUGUGGUCACAACACAAACGUUAGAGCGUACAGAUGGUUUAAACACGCUCAACUCAGCAUUACAGGCAAUUAAAGCUAGUAUAGAAGAGGCCGGGGGAAUGUUCAAUAUCCAAUUACAGGUAAGAUCUGAAUAAAUAAAAGACAUGAAAUUGUCAAAAGUAGAACUGAUUAUAUCAAUCUGAUGGUUCAAGUUGCUA